UCUCAAUUCUCACCUUUAUUUAAAACCAUUUAUGAUUUUUGAUUAUUCGAAUAAAAAAAUUCAAUUCAUUAGUGCAAAAUUAGAUAGUUUACAAAAAUCUUCAAAUAAAUAUGACUGCAUCUUUAAUUGUCAAGCUAUUGAAUAUAGAGAGAAAUUAAAAGAUGUAGGAUUAGGAUUAUUAUACAGCUCUUUGUAUGAUGAAUAUAAAAAUGUAGAGGUUGUUAUAUGGAGGAAAGUUUUUUAUGAACCUAUACAAUUUAUGAAAAGAGAUAUAAAAAAGCAUAUGUCUCAAGAUGUUGAUGAACAACUCUCAAAUUUAAAAUUCUCAACUUCACCUGUAUUUUACUUUUACAAAAGUUAUAUAUGUUCUGCAAUGGCUUACUAUCAAAAUAUGUUGGCAUCUUUACAAUUGGAACCAAAUAAAUUAAACCUUAAUGGCAAAGUUGAUUUUUUCCUAGAUGAUACUUUUGAUAUAUUCUUCACUGAAAAUGAAGAGGAUGUUCAUCAUAUGCCUGAAAUAUCUGCAGAAAUUUUAAAAAUUCAAGCUAUAGCACAUCAGACUUUAAUAUAUUUAGGAGAUUUAGCUCGCUAUUAUUCAGAUAUCGAAAAGGAUGAAUAUCACUUAGGUGAAAAUUUGGCUGAAAGAUAUUAUCACCAGGCUAUAUUGCUAUGUCCUGAUUUAGGCAUGCCUCAUAGUCAAUUAGGUACAUUAUUCAACAUGAAGUAUCAAGGGAUUAUAGCUAUUUUUCAUUACAUGAACUGCACAAUGAGUAAUCAAAGUUUUGAAGGCGCCCAUUCUAACUUGAAAAGAGUUUUUGAAAGGGUUAGGCCCAUGUAUGAAGAAAUAAGAUUAAACGAUACCACUUCAAGGUAUAAUGAUUUGUCAAUUUUAUUGAUAAAAUUCAUUCAUUUACUGGACUUCUUUUGCAAUGAAGAGCUCAAUGUUAACUUAAUGGAGUUGCAAAAUUUAUGUCAAGAAGUGUUGACCCUUUUUUCUUUUAAUUUGGCCUCGUUUAACGACGCUAAUAUAAAUGAAAAUGCUUCCGCCACCAAAAACCAAGAGCCUAGCAUUCUAGAUACCAAAAUAGUCUUGCAAAUGACGUCAUUAUGCUUUUUGAUCGUAUCGAUUUCUCAGAAUACUGGUUCAAAAAAUUUAUCACUUGCCGUAGCUUUCACUAUAGGAUUUUGCACCUACGUUCUCAAUAGGACAGUACUGAAUCUGCAAAAUGGUAUAAGGGAAAUUAUGACGAAAGAAAAUGAACACAACAUGCAGAAUAUAAUAACGGGAAUUGGUAACGAUGAGAUACUCGAGCAAGCUCAGUCUUCUAAAUCUACCACCCCGACAGAAAAUACUUCUAUAAGCACUGAAAGUCCUAGAAUUCCACCGAGCAAUCGUAGGAGACCAUUACGACGUAACAAGAGAAAUUCUUCAAGUGCUCAAGAUGAAAUUUUUAAGGAUAAAAACGAGGACAAUUACUCUUCUUGCGAGAGCGAUUGGUCUUUAUCACAAAGUUUGGAUUCCGAGGAAAGUCACGAGAUGGAAAAGGUACAAGGAGAAGAAACGACGAAUGAAAAUAAAGAUAACUUGAUCAGCUAUAGAAAUGAAGAAGACUUAUCAGAUGAAGUGUCACAUAAUGUUACCUCGGAUAAAGAUUCGAUUGAAAGUCCAGAGAAAGUUGUGGAAGGAGAUAAGGAAAAUAAAGACAAUGAAGAGGAAGAGGAAGGUGGGUUCGAUUCUCAAAACGAGAUCUCGGAUAGGGUACCCUUCGAAAGAUUACUUUCUACUAAACAUAAUAAAAAUAUGAAAAACCAUGGAAAAAUAUCCGAAAACGAUCUUGAAAAUGAUGAUAAAAUAAUUGAUGUAAAGGAGAUUGAAAAUAAAGAAUUAUCCGAGGACAUAUCGAUUAAGGCUAUAGUUGAUUUGAUCAAAAGAGAAAAGCUUUUAUGCUUAGUUAAAAUAUUUUGUGGUUGGCUAGAAAGUCAUAAUGAAAUUUUGAACAUGUGCUCCAAGAGUUGCCAAUCGAUGUGGGGUAGCUUUGUUUCACUUUUAAAUUGUCUUCCUAACGAAAAUCAUCUUAAAAAUUUGGAUAUAUUUAGCCAACUCGAAAAUCAACUUGCUCUUAAUAACGAAUCCUCAAACAAAGAUAUUAUGGAGAAUUCUAACGAAAAUGAAGACGAUUAUAACGAUAAAAAUUGUCAAAUGUCGUUUUUCGAUCAUUUUUCUUCUCUCUAUUGUCAUGGCAAGAAAAACUACAUUUGCUUAACCGAAGACCUUUAUUUAUUUGGUUUUAUGCCAUUGAAGGCGGCCCAGAAUCAUUUAUUGUACCGGCCCGGGAACUUUCCGAGUUUGAGUCCAGAAUUUCAGACUUUGAUACGAAUUUUACAACUUAGAAGGUUUGGGCAUUUUAUAUCUGAAAUGAAAGAAAUUGAUGUAUUAUACGACGAUGAGAUGGACCAAUUUUUCAAUACUUUCACUAUAGCCGAAAAAGAGAUGAAAACUCAUAACAUCAGAGCCAUGGUUGCUAAAACUGACCAUAACAAUGCUUCUAGAUUCGCUCGUAGUAAUAUCAGUAAAGUAUUAGAUGAAAAUGUGGCUAAGAAGAAAGAAAACCUCAUGAGGCUUAUGGGUCACCUGAGACUUAAGUGCGAGGCCAACGUAUUAGAUAUAGAUGGAAACAAAGGAAAUACAACCGGCAAUCUGGGAAACGAAGAUGUAAAUAAUGCUUUCAUGAUACCGCCUCCAUACCUAGUUCCAGAUACUCACGUUUUGUGCGAAAAAUUGCAUCUCGUUAAAAUUUUGCUGAAUUCCAAAAAUUUUAUUAUUAUCUUACCACGAUCAGUGUUGGAUCUUUUGGAUAUCUUAAAAAAAGAUAGUAAUAAAGCGAGAAGAGUGAUUAGAUGGAUUGAAGCUGAAAUGAGAGAUGGAAACAAAUAUUUACACGUUCAAUUCAAAAAUGAACAAUAUCUUGAUAUGAGGUUUGAUAAAUCCUUCGAUGAAAGAGACAAAAAGAUCCGCUUGCUUUGCGACAUGAUGAGCUGUGCAAAGUAUUUUGCCCUCAAAGCCGACUCCGACAAAAGCUUCCAACAAACUAGGCCAGAAAUAAAUGAUAAUAUAUUGGCCUUAAUUUUAACAUAUGAGCUACCCGGAAAAUUAGUUGAAAAAUUUUGCAAGCCUCAUAUAAUCAAAAUGAUUUCGGGCAUUAACAUGAUGGAUAUUAAUAAAUUUUACGAUUUGUGGAAAUGGAUGAAUAGGGAUGGCAAAAAUAUUGUCUGGAAAGAAAAUUGCUUAAUAACAUCCAAUUCAAGACAUUACAAUGAUUAUGAUGAAAACAAUUGUAGUGGAAAUGACCGAGAAAGAUCGAUCAAACAAGAUAAUUAUUACGAUUCACCACCAUAUCCAAAAAACUCUAGAGAUAACAGAGAUUUUAUUUCGAAUAGAGGCGAAAAAAGUGGGAAAAAUAGCAUGAGAUACUAUAGGGGUGCCAAAAGAAACGACACUGAAUGUUCGAAUUAAAAAAAGUGCAUCAAAAUGAUAAGAUAAUUCGUUUGAUCUUGUAAAGGAAAGAGUUUUUGACAAAAAAAUGCGGGCUUGGUAAGCCUGAUUUUUGUGAGCGCGCCAAUAAUUAUGAAAAAAAAUUAUAUGGACUUCUUUCAAAAGUUUGCUUUAACUUAACUUGGUAUCCUUCUUAUUAAGACUAAGGAAUUUAUUAUAAUAUUAUAGAAGCUAAACAAUUUUAUGAAAAAUUUGUGAUUCUUUUUUAGUUCUUAAAUUUGCUAUUUAAUUUAAUUUUCGAAAUGUGCACUUUAAAAUUUUAAUAAUUUUAUUUUUUUUAUAUACCCAUGUAUCCAGUUAAAGCCAUCUUAAACCUUGGCAUUACAUAGUUAUAUGUAUUUGAUUUAUAAUAGUUUAAUCAUUUUAAAUAAAGUUGUUU